AUGCCACGGAAGGCUUCUGGCAAAGGCCGGAGGCGGGCAUCCGCCAAGAGCAAAGGGAAGAAGGAUAGCAGUAGUAGCACAGUAACGGUGGUUACGGAACGCAGGACUCUAUUGAGGCCUGAGAAUGCUGAGAAAGAUUCGACAUUCUCGCCUUGGAUACGGUGGCUGAACACAUUAAUGAGGACGGUACCUCCGGGUGACUUACCAGAAAUAAUAGAACUAUUGAGAAAGGCCAAGGUUGAAUACACACAGACGAUUUAUACUGGGCCUUAUGGCGGGGAUCACAGUGAAAAGGAGGAACCGAAGGAAGAGCCGAUGACAACUGGGCAUGGGGUGGCAACGGUGAAGGAUGAGGUCAAAGAAGAGGGUAUGCCCAAACGCAAGAGAGGCAGACCACGAAAGUCGGUGGCCAAACCCAAGGAGGGUCCACCCAUCCUAGCUCCGUCUGGUGGGUCGGAGGGAGAGGCAGCUCCUAAGAAGGCCAGAGUGGCCCGUCUCGAUGAUAGCCCCACAUCUUCUAUUGAAUACGAUACUCUAGGUCCUUUAGAGGUCGUUGCUAGACCUCCUCAACCGUCCUUGGACAAAACGCUUAAUGACAUGCCUGACAAUGCCAAUGGGCAUGUGGCUUGCACUGAGAGGGUUCAGCCUCCGCCUCCACCUAGGAUGACUCAUCCAGGAUCGAUAGCCAAGGCGGUCCCAUCGGCCAACAUGCCAAAGGCGGCCUCGAUGCCUCCACUGUCCAGGUUACCGCCCGGGCCAUUAGCGUCCCAUGCAGCGAGCCCAGCAUUAGCCUAUGCCUUCCUACUCCAUCAAGCAGCCCUCAAGCAAUACCAGCAAGUGGUGCGAACAACCCCUCCUAUUGUUCCUAGACCUGCUAAGGUCCCUCCGCCUGAGGCCCCAGCUAGGGGUAGUCGGGGUGAAGGGUCCCAAGAGCAGCAAAAUGCGCUGCUCGUGCAGCAGUUGAAAAGCUUAGUUGCUGCCAAUCAGAAGGUGUGGGGAUCAUCCCUACAAGGCCAGCCGGGGGGUGGUAAGGCGGCGUCAUGCAGCACAGUAGUGGGGCAAUGUCAUGGGAAGUUUAGUGGACAUGCUGAUGGCCGGAUAAGUGCCGUCGCUGGGAAUCGAACCCAGGGUCUCCUCGCCCCGAAGGUCGAUCGUCUGAGUGGGAAUCCCGUGUCUGCGGCAGCUGUUAAGAAGCUGGACCGAGCUCCCGUGUCGUUGAUACCAUCGGCUAGUGGAGACUCUCGUGAGCAGUGCGAGAAGGACGGGAAGAAGGGGUCUAGGGAGGACGAGGCCGCUGAUGGUCAUGGAUGA